AUGGGCAAACUACAUGUUUUAGCCAUACCUUAUCCGGCACAAGGCCAUGUAAUUCCCAUGCUGGAACUCUCACAAUGCUUAGUAAAGCAUGGAUUCGAAAUCACAUUUGUGAACACAGACUAUAAUCACAAGAGGGUCUUGAAUGCAUUGGGCAACGAUUUUCUUGGAGAUCAAAUUAGUCUUGUUUCGAUCCCAGAUGGGCUGGAGCUUUGGGAAGAUAGGAAUGAUCUUGGGAAGUUAACUGAAGCAAUUUUCAAUGUCAUGCCUGGGAAGCUGGAGGAGCUUAUAAACAGGUCCAAUGCAUCAAAAGAUAAAAAGAUUACUUGUAUCAUUGCUGAUGCGAAUAAUGGAUGGGCUCUUGAAGUGGCAGAGAAGAUGAACAUCCGCUGCGCUGCCUUUUGGCCUGCAUCAGCUGCCCUGCUGUCCUCCUUAUUUACUGUUCAGAAACUCAUUGAUGAUGGAAUCAUUGAUAAUAAUGGAACGCCACUGAAGAACCAGAUAAUUCAGAUGGAUCCAACAAUGCCUGCCAUCAGCACUGAGAAUUUAGUAUGGAACUGCAUUGGUGACUCAACUACGCAGAAAAUCAUAUUUGAUGUUAUAUUCAGAAACAAUAAGGCUGUGAAAGUGGCAGAUUGGAUAAUUUGUAAUUCUGCAUAUGACCUUGAGCCUGGAGCAUUGACCUUGAGCCCAAAGAUUCUGCCGAUAGGACCAAUGCUGGCAAGCAGUCGACAAGGAGAUUCAGCAGGAUAUUUCUGGCAGAAAGACUUGACUUGUUUGAAAUGGCUGGACCAACAGCCACCCAAGUCAGUUAUAUAUGUUGCAUUUGGCAGCUUCACUGUUUUUGACAAAACUCAAUUCCAAGAAUUAGCACUAGGACUUGAACUGUCCGGCAGGUCAUUCAUAUGGGUUGUAAGGCCAGAUAUUACCACUGAUACAAAUGCCUAUCCAGAAGGAUUUCUAGAGAGAGUCGGCAGCCGAGGGCAGAUGGUUGGAUGGGCACCUCAGCAGAAGGUUCUAAAUCACCCUUCUAUUGCCUGCUUUUUGAGCCAUUGUGGUUGGAACUCCACCAUGGAAGGUGUAGCUAAUGGUGUCCCUUUCUUGUGUUGGCCAUACUUUGCUGAUCAAUUCCUCAAUGAGAGCUACAUUUGUGAUGUUUGGAAAGUGGGAUUGAAGUUUAAUAAAAGUAAAAGUGGAAUCAUCACACGAGAAGAAAUUAAGGAUAAGGUGGGGAAAGUUCUAAGUGAUGAAGGAGUUAUUGCAAGAGCUUCAGAAUUGAAAGAAAUAGCCAUGAUAAAUGUCGGAGAAUAUGGUUAUUCCAGCAAGAUCUUGAAGCAUUUCAUUGAAGGGAUGCAGAUUUAAGCAUGUCAUUCAUAGCUUAUGCAACUUCAAUUUAUUUUCUUUCUUCUGUCA